UUUCUUCGGUGUUUGCUUUCCACAUUCACAGUCAUUCUAAUAAUAAUCUUCUCUCUCAACAACUUUGGCUUUCAGUAAUGUCUUCUAACGCCAUUGUCCAAUACACCGUUUCUUCAUCUCAUACAAUUAAUAGAUACGAUGUAUUUGUGAGCUUCCGUGGUGAAGACACAUGCAACAACUUCACUGGUUUUCUCUUUCAAGCUCUCCGUAGAAAAGCCAUCGAUGUCUUCAAAGAUGAUGAAGAUCUCAAAAAAGGUGAAUCCAUAGCCCCCGAGCUCCUCCAUGCCAUUCAAAGCUCUCGACUUUUCAUUGUUGUCUUCUCAAAGAACUAUGCUUCCUCCACCUGGUGCUUGCGUGAAUUGGCAGAGAUACGUAACUGCGUUCAAACUUCCCCAAGACCUAUUAUACCUGUCUUUUAUGACGUUGAUCCUUCGGUGGUGCGCAAACAAAGUGAAUGUUAUGAGAAAGCAUUUGCAGAACACGAAAAGAGAUUCAGAGAAGACAAAGCGAAGAUGGAGGAAGCUGAGAGAUGGAGAGAAGCUCUCACAGAAGUGGCCAAUCUUUCUGGUUGGGAUAUUCGAAAUAAGCCACAAUAUGUAGAAAUUGAAAAAAUUGUUCAAACCGUAACAAAUAUUUUGGAUCCCAAAAUUUGUAGUCUUCCAAAGGAUGAACUAGUUAGAAUAGAGCAUACACUUGAAGAACUAGUUGGGAUAGAGCGUAGACUUGAAUCAAUUAAUAAUGUUCGAGUUAUUGGAAUCAGUGGGAUGGGUGGCAUAGGAAAGACUAUUCUUGCUCGAGCUUUAUACGAAAGAAUAUAUCAUCAAUAUGAUUUUCAUUGUUUUAUUGAUGAUGUAAGCAAAAUAUAUCGAUAUUCAAGUUCAUUGGGUGUACAAAAGCAGUUAGUUUCUCAGUCUUUAAAUGAGAAAAAUCAAGAGAUUUCAAAUUCUUUUGAGGGAACAUGUUUGACAUGGUCUAGGUUGCACAAUGUUAGGGCACUUGUAGUUUUGGACAACGUUGAUGAAGUUGAACAACUAAGGAUGUUUACAGGGAACAGAGACACUUUGUUGCGUCAAUGCUUAGGUGGAGGGAGCAUAAUCAUCGUAGUUUCUAGAGACGAACAUAUAUUGAGGACGUAUGGAGUAGAUUACAUUUAUCAAGUCCAGCCAUUGAAUCACAAAAAUGCUAUGCAGCUGUUUUGCAAAAAUGCUUUCAAAGUUAAUCAUAUCUCGAGUGAUUAUGAAAAGUUGGCAUGGGAUGUACUAUCUCAUGCUCAGGGCCAUCCCUUGGCAAUUGAAGUAAUUGGAUCAUCUUUGUUUGGUCGAAAUGUGUCACAAUGGAAAAGUGCGUUAGCCAGGCUAAAAGAAAAUAAAACUAAAAAUAUUAUGGAUGUUUUGCGUGUAAGUUUUGAUCAACUGGAUGAAGAUCACAAAGAAAUAUUUUUGGAUAUUGCAUGUGUCCUAUGCGAUUGUGAUGAGAAAUAUACGAGGGAAGUUCUAAACUUUCGUGGAUUUCAUGUUGAUUAUAGUCUACAAGUUCUACUUGAGAAAUCACUAAUAUCAAAAAUGGGUACGCGUAUUUAUAUGCACAACUUGUUGAAGGACUUGGGCAGGUAUAUUGUCAAAGAAGAAUCACCUAAGGAACCCCUAAAGAGGAGUAGGUUGUGGGAUUACCAAGAUUUCUGCAAAGCUAUGUUGAACAAUCAGACAACUCAAAUUCUUGAAGUCAUAGCUGUCAAUUCAGGUUGGAUUUCAGGUUGGAAAUCUGAAACUGUGAAGAUAGAUGGUCUAUCGAAAAUUGAAAAACUUAAAUUUCUUAGACUUGAGAAUGUGAAGUGUUCAGGAAGUCUCAGUCAUCUUUCCAAUGAACUUGGAUAUCUUACUUGGAACAACUAUCCUUUUGAGUGUUUGCCUCAAAAUUUUGAGCCACAUAAACUAGUUAAGUUAAAAUUGAGAAAUAGCAGAAUUCAAAGACUAUGGAGUGGCACAAAGGAGCUACCUAAUUUGAAGCAUUUGGAUCUCUCUUACUCCGAAAAAUUAGUUGAAAUGCCAGAUGUUGCAAAGGCCCUAAAUCUUGAAGAAAUACUUCUUGAAGAUUGCAUAGAGCUCCGAAAACUCAGUCCAUCGAUUAGUUUUCUGCGGAAGCUUACUAUUUUGAGUCUGAGAAACUGUAUAAACUUAGUAAGCGUACCCAAUAACAUAUUGGGCUUCAACUCUCUUGAAUAUCUGAGUGUCUAUGGUUGUUCAAAACUAUUUAAUAAUGAGUUAUUGGAAGAAGCAAGUAACACAGAGCAUUUGAAGAAGCUUUGUUCAGUUGAAGGUCCUCUUCAGUCCCACUCAACAUCCCCAUUAAUAAAAAAAGCACGAAGAGAGUCAGUUAGUUGUCUAUUACCCUCCUUUCCUACUCUUCCUUAUUUGCGUGAACUCGAUCUAAGCUGGUGUAAAUUAGUUAAAAUCCCUGAUGUCAUUGGAAAGUUGAGUUGCUUAGAAAAGUUAAAUUUGAAGGGAAACCAUUUUGUUACAUUGCCUAACCUCACGGACCUUUAUAGAUUGUAUUAUUUAAACUUAGAGCAUUGCUCGCGAUUGAAAUACUUGCCUGACCUCCCUUCACAAACCAACUUGCCCCCAAAGGUUUACUGGCAUGAGGAGCAAUAUAUGGAAGACAUCUUUGUUUGUUUAAGAGCGAACGAUAUAUAUGUGGCAGGAUUAAGGAUGUUUUAUUGCCCAGAAAUAGUUGAGUGGGAACGGUGCACUGACAUGGCUAUUUCAUGGAUGCUCCAAAUUCUUCAGGUGUGCAUGUUUCUUCCUUACACUUUCCUUCUUUUAAUCUCUUUUGAUGUUGAAAAACAACUACUAACAUAUAACAUAACUCAGUCGUGGUACAAGUCGAAAUGUCUUACAUCCCUUCCAUUCCUCAAAAGUCUUGGAAGUACUAUCGAUGGAAGUGAAAUACUAAAGUGGUUCAACAAUCAGCUUGUGAGCAUGGAUAAUUCAAUAAUCAUAGAUGCCUCUCCUUUUGUGCAUGACAAUAAUUGGGUUGGUGUUGUGUGCUGUGCAAUACUUAAUAAACAUGCUUACAAAUCAAGAAUUUAUGCGUAUUCGGGAAGUGAUCUAUCUGUGUAUGACUUUGAUCAUAUGUGUCUAUUUUAUUACUCUCGUCAACAGUUCCUCCAUGAACAACACAUAUUUCGGGGCAAACUUAAUACACGUGACUUGAGUUUGACACGUGACUUAGUACGCAUAUUUGACGUGUUACUUUGUCGAAAAAGGAAGGAUGGGAACCAGGUAUUUCCUAAGUUUAAAGUGAAAAAAUAUGGGUAUCGGUGGGUAACUGUACAAGAUCUACAUGAUCCAUGGUUGAAAUUUGGCAGCUCCAUACCUUCAGAAGACACAAAAUUGUUAUUGUAAAAUUCACUUGUUUUAAAAGUAAGGUGAGAAGAAAUGCUCAUUGUCUUUCCUUAUACGACACAAUAAAUUUCAUUUCUCAUAUUUUAUUUAUUUUUAGUUUGUCUUCACUUGAACUCAAGCUACUUAAUGUUCUACAAAUUUUAAAUGUGCAAAGUUAACUUUAAAUAAACCGCUUACUUCUAGUAUCCUAUAUAUAACAGAUAAAUGAAAAGUUGAGGCAGAAAAAGACUUUGUUAUUUUUUAUGUUCCACAAAGUUAUUCCCUUGUGCUACAAUAUGCAGAAGAGUUACUAAUUUUAAAGAUUUCAAGAUCAACCAACAUGUUUACCCUUUUAUUUAAGGAAAUCGUUUUUUCAACAACACAAAUUUGACAACAAUUUAACAAUAUGUCAUUUGUUGUUUAAAUGAUUUAUUUAAAAACUUUAUUUUGAUUUGGAGGUACUUUUGAAAAAAAAAAACUAAAACCUGUCGGCGCCUUUCACAAAGUGAAUUUAACACCUACGAAAUUCUCUCAUUAGUUUUUCGCUCUCCAUUUCAAAACUUUCUCUCCUUCAAUAAAAUAAAGUGCUCUUAGUUCACCGUUAUGAAAAUCGUGCUUGGGUACAGCCUUAUCUGUGGAUUAAGUCGUGUGUGUCCUCGUUUGUCGUUCCAUCACCGAAGUCAUUAGUCAAAAGGUUUCAUUUUUUCACCGUCGCCUUCCUUUGUCGGUUGGGUGCGGUGGUGACUUUUAGGUCACUAAUGGAUUGAAGCAUAGGAAAGUGGUGAGAGUCCAUGUAGACCAGAAAAAGCAGAGAGGACACAACCAAAGGCGUCUGCAGAUAAACAAUUGGAAGAACAACUUCUCGAAGCCGGUAACAAGCUCGCAAACCCACCUUCUUCUGCAGAGGAGCUUCUCUCACUCUUAGAGAUAUUGCAACUGCUAAAGAUGUUGCACAUUAUGUUCAAACAGAAGACCCUGUCAAAGACGAUACUACGGAACUAAAGAAAAAAGUUUCUAUGGUUGACAACAUUCGUUGGAAGGACCUUGGACAUCUUUUCGCUAUCUGGAUCAUGAUACUUGCGUUAGAGAUUGGAAAAUAAAUGCCUCUGUUUUGGAACAGAAUUACACGACUACUUGCUCACUUGCUCUGGAGCAUAUUGGGCAGUGAAUCUACUCCAGAUCCCCAUAGUUGUAGAAAUGAGUUCAUACCAGGCCAUGAGACUAUAUAAAGGGAAGAGAAUUAUAGCGUCAAAGGGAGAUCAACAACCACAUUGGGGAGUGUGGCAGUUAAUUGUAUUCUGUUGUUGUGGCACACUUGCUGGCACACUUGUCGGUUUGUUAGGACUUGGUGGAGGAUUCAUCUCGGCACCCCUUUUCCUUGGAAUUGGAAUCCCUCCUCAAGUACCCUUCACUUUUCUUUCUCUGAUUUUUCUUUGUAGGUUUUUCUUGGAAACACUCUGAUUGGGGAAUUUUUGACAAAGGUGGCAAGUGCUACAUCCAUUUUGGCAAUGGCAUUUUCAGCAUCUAUGGCUGUGGUGGAAUAUUACCUUCUCAAACGUUUCCCCGUUCCUUAUGCACUGCGCUUGGUAGGUGUAGCAACUGCAACUUCACUUGUUGGACAAUAUUUGGUGAGAAAGGUGGUUGCCAUAUUGGGGAGAGCAUCUGUGAUAAUAUUCAUCCUAACUUUCACACUAUGUGUGAGCGCAGUUUUACUAGGUGGAGUAGGAGUUCCACACAUGAUCCAAAAGAUUGAACGCAAAGAUAACAUGGGAUUUGGAAACCUUUGCAUGUACACGGCUAAAAAUCAAGCUUCAUGAGGCCUAAUAUUUACAGGGCUCUUUAAUGCAGUUUUGUAUUGUCUUGGGUUAGAUUAGUGGAACAUUUUUGUAUUUUUUUUCAAGUAUACUUUUAGUUCACUUGAAACACAAAAAUUCAUUGUAUUAGUCAUCAAAUUUCAACAAAUUAUCCUGUAGAAAUAUUGAGUUCACAUUUUCCUUGGAAGCCAGGGCUUAAGCCAUAACAACACUUAUUAUUAUAACGGCAUGUAGGGAUUAGCCUUAGUGAUUCAAGCUCUUUCCAUGGAAUUUUGGAAUAUGUGUUGUAAUAUGAGACCAUUCAUUCACCUUGUUUAACAAAGUUAAUUUCUUGAAGAAUAUCUAAGAUACGAAAAAGACCACUCUUCGUGAAUCUUUCUUUUAA